AUGAAGUCUAGUGAAAAACCUUCGGGUUGUUUUAGCGAUGUUCCUUACUGCAGUCCAAUAGAAAGCAGCGUUUUUUUUGAGACUUUAGGAUCGGCAAGAAUACAUCGAGUUUCUGAAUCUAUGAUGACAAAGGCCGAUUCAAUAGAUUUCUUUAUUGAUCGUGGCACCCAGUUUUGUAAUUUAAUUGAUGAGCUAAAAAAGAAAUUAACCGGAGAUGGAAAUAUACCAUCUGGCUUAGAAAGUCUUAAAUUUCUUGAUGUUAUACCUACUUUGUUUCAAAAUCCUUCUGUUCAAAGGAUUAUACGAAAUGAUGAAGGUAAUAGUUGUUUCGUAACCAUUGAAUCAAAAAACCCAGAGGAUCCACUAGACGAACCUAGUAUUGGACUUGAUAGGGAGCUGUUUACUAGUGUAAUAUUGUCUCUGGAUCUUAAAGGUAUUGAUUUUCUAUGGCAAUCUCUUAUCUUGUUUCUUAUGGGUGACACAGAACCUGAAAAGGAUAUUGUUUACAUCUUGCCAAACAUAAAUAUUUAUCUACGAAAUGGAAAUUCAUAUGGUGGGUUUUUAUUUUCUUUAUGGGCUCUUGUAAUAUCAUCAAUACUUCAUCACUUUACCACGAUUCCAGUUGAUUAUGUUAGGCGAAGACUCAACAGAGUUCGUUUUUGGAUUACAGUUUUGCGGGAUUCUGAGAGUGAUAUUAUUUCAGAUAAUAUUCAUCUCUUUUUUGAGAAUAAAUUAAGGAUUUGUGUUUAUCGAAUUUUAAACACAAAACCUAUAACAUAUAAAGGAUAUGAUGAUAAAUUUACUACUGUUAUUAGAGUUGCUGAUCGUGAAGAGUGGUUGGAAAAGACAACGGAGAUAGUGGUAAAUACUCAUGAGGAAUUAUGUGAUACAAACGUGGAUCCUCAAGAUGAAUCGGAAUUAUCAUUCUCAUGUAUUUUACUUAUUAUUCCCGAGAUAAAGUCAUUGAGGAGAGAAUUAGAAAAACGUCUUUGUGAUAGUUAUACCAGUGUUCCAAUUUCUGUUGUUACACAGGAAAAAGAAAUUUACGAAGGUUUUUCUAAUCUUGAUAGAAAUACGCCUAUUACAAUCUUUUAUUCAGAAAAACAAAUUGAAGAGCAAUUACUAAAACCAGAACAUGAACGUUACUUAAAACGUUUGAAUAUAAAGGCCAUUAUAGUUGGGGAGGAGAGUUUUAAUGAUCGAAGUAUCGUUCUUAUUCGCCAUUUAAUUCCUGAAAGUCCCCCACCAGUUCUUCUACUGUAUCCAAGAAAGAAUUCUGUAGAUUUUAAAAAGAACUCUUGUGAGGUGGAUUGUAACAAAAAUUGUAAUAUUCAGGAGGCAAUAAAUCUUAUUCUUUGGUUAUUUAGAAGGUUUAGAUUUGACCUUUGUGUAAAAGGAAUACAACCAGUUUUACAUGCAUCUAAAAUGUUUUUUAUUUCUACGAAUACCACCUCAUUUUUUAAUGAGGUUCUAGAUACAAUGAAAGUAACUGGCUUGGUACGUUUUGUGAAACAAACGGAUGAAACCAAUUCUUUUAGGUUAGAAAUUCUUGGCCGAGCAAUUUCUUAUCGCUUUCGUUUACCUUACGAAGGGAAGUUGCCUGAACUAACACCUUUUGAUGUUAAGUGUAUUCUUUGGUGUCAUGCACUUAGACAAUCUAAAAUUACUGCUAAUAAGUUAAUAUCCAAUGUUCAUUCAUUUCCCACAUGGGUAGAAAAAGCAAUUGAUUUUUUUUGUUCUCGUUAUCGAAUAUCAUUACAAAAUGAAAAUGACACUGAACGAGAAACGCUUGUCAAACUAUUUUCUUCAGUACCAAAAAAUAAUGAAGAAAUUUCGCGUGUAAAACUUUUUUUAAUGCAUCCUUCAGGAGAAAGAUUACCAAUUUUAAAUCACUUUAUACAAACACCAUCUACUUUAUGCCGAGGUUGGUAUGAACAGGCACCUAUUGGAACAGAUGUUGAGGUAUCACCCAAACCGCAUGUCAGUGUAUAUUGCUAUCCCUCUUAUAAUGAAUUAUGUGAGGUACAUUUUGGAGAUCAUACUUUGCAGUGCCCUUUAGAUAUUUCAUAUCCCUUAAUUGCCACUCAUAUUGCUCUUCAUACUACAAUUUUGAACAAUAGUGUCUUUCUGGAAUAUAAUGACUUUUCUGCAGUACCACCUCUUGUACCAAUGCCUUUGACAGUUCUUCAAAAUCCCACAUUAAACUCUUUUUUGGAUGACUUUGAUAACGGAAAUGUGGGAUAUUGGCUUGAUAACUGUAUGAAUUCGUCUAAUUCUCUAUCGGAUGGUAUGGAACUUGCAUCUUUAAUGGCAAGGACAUCCUCAUUACUUGGAAUUUGUGAUCGUGGUGCUUUACGUCGAAAACGGGCCACUAAAGAUUCUGUUGUUAAACGUCAAAAAUGUGAGAUUAAUGAAACUCCCAAACCCCCAUCUGAAGCUGAGGCAGAAACUAUUAGAGAGUUUGUAAAUGCUGCAAAAAAACUAGGACGUGAAAAUGCGGAAAAACGCUUUAAAGGAAAGAGAGGGUUUGGGUUUUUAAACCCUUCUAAUGAAAGUCAUGCUUUUUAUCUUUAUAUUUUGGAACAAUCUUCCCCGUAA